AUGACAAAGAGUACUGGCUUCUCAUCUGAAGUCAACAAGGAAUUGUUGGCCCACUUGUUUAAAGUUCUCCCAGUUUCUUUCUGCCGGAACCUAGCAAAACAUGUAAAAUAUGAUUUCUAUCAACGUGGUGAUUUUAUUUUUAUGAAGAAUGAAGUGAAAGAUAGAAUGGUCUACAUUUACUCUGGAAAUGUGCAGAUACUUGCAGCUGAUGAUGAUGAGACCGCACUUUGUUCACUGUCCACUGGAACAUGUCUUGGAGAAGCUUCUCUUGUUGUAGGACUCAUAAAUAAAUUCAGUGUUAAGUGUUCAUCAUACUGUGAAGUACUUUCAUUAGAGAAAAGAACAUUCACAAAACUAAUUCAAAACUAUCCCAUAUUUCUUCGAUAUAUUCUUAAACGUAUUAAUGUAAGCACCAUAACACCUUCCAUCAGCAGCUGCAAGGAAGACACAUCCAUCACAGCAAAUGAUGAAGCCCAUUCACCACUCAUACUCACAGGAGGUGCAACUCUUGUGUAUAUUCUUGGCUCUGUGUAA